AUCGUUUUCUAGUACUCAUCGAAGUAAUCGAGCCAGGUUCUCACAAAGUUCGACAAGUUACUUCAGAUGGCCAAUCGUACGGCUAAAGAUGCGCAUACCGUGCGAGGUACCAAUCCUCAGUUUCUCAUAGAGAAAAUCAUUCGACAACGUAUAUACGACAGCAAGUAUUGGAAAGAGUUUUGUUUCGCACUUAGUGCUGAUCUGGUUGUCGAUCGUGCCCUUGAACUGCGUUAUAUUGGUGGAAUUUAUGCCGGCAAUGUAAAACCUACACCUUUUCUAUGUCUUUCUCUCAAGAUGCUGCAAAUUCAACCUGAAAAAGACAUUAUAAUUGAAUUCAUUCAGCAGGAGCAGAGCAAGUAUGCGCGCGCAUUGGGCGCCAUGUAUCUUCGUUUGACUUUCCCCUCGGUAGAAAUAUAUAAAUACCUGGAACCCUUAUUUAACGAUUACCGCAAGCUGCGGUAUAUGAAUAAACAAGGAAGAUUUGAGUUGGUAUAUAUGGAUGAGUUCAUCGAUAACCUUCUUAGAGAAGAGCGAUACUGCGAUAUACAGUUGCCUCGAUUACAGAAACGUCAGGCUCUAGAGGAAGUGGGCGAACUGGAACCGUAUCGAAGUCUGUUGGAUGAGGAUCUUGACGCUUUGAGUGCAUCAGACAGCGAAGAUGAAAAAGAGAAGAAAGAAAAACGAAAGGAGAAACCGCGCCUUAUCUCAAGAAGACGAAGUCGGAGCAGAGAUCGUUCUAGAGAGCGCGAUAGACCAAGAGAGAAGACAAAAGACAGAGAUCGUGAUGACAGGAAGCGAGAUCGAUCGAGAGACAGAGAACGAGAUCGUGAUCGGGAGAGGGAUCGCGAUCGCCACGACAAAGACCGCGAUAGGCACAGGGAACGAUCACGAGAGCGGGAUAGGGAAAGGGACAGAGGACGUGAUCGUGACAGAGACCGAGACAGAGAUCGUUCUCGUGAUCGCACACGACGCGAGGACAGAGAUCGUGAUGAUCGGGAUCAUCACAGAAGCAAGAAGAGUAGCAAAGAUGACGAAGAACGCGAGAUCGAGGAAGCAAAUGCACUUCGAGCAAAACUUGGACUUGCUCCAUUAGAACGAUAGAAUUUCUCAACUGUUAUCUAUGUACAUAUUUGAGCGGACAUCCUCUUUCACGAUGUAUCUUUUUGUUUAUCGG